AUGAGUACUGUAAGUUCUGAAGAGAAGAAGAGACUGCUACUCGAAAGAAAGAGCAAAUGGAUCAAGAAGAAGGCAGAGUUCGCAUUAAAAGAUCAGCAUGAAACUAACAAGAAUAAUAGCGAUGGUCAAAACGAAGAGGCCCAAAGUGAGAAGCUAGCUAGCCGGAGAGCUAAGCUAGAUACAUGGCGUCAAAAAAGAGAGGCAAAAUUGAAGAGCUCCGGUGCCGAAAAGGCUGGUACAGCUCAACAAGAUGCUGCUCAAGUGAAAGGUAAAGGCAACAAGAAACGGGCAUUUGACGACAGUGAUGAUGAAGAAGGACCCAUAGAGACGAAAUUGUUUCGACCCGUGGAUUUCAAGGACACAGAUGGUGAAAACGAGGCGAAUUUCGAGCAAAGGCAAGAUGAUAACGGUGUCGAUGACCCACUGGAAUUAUAUUUACAGACUUUGAACCAGCCUCAAGAACAGCGUAGCUCCAGACUAUGCGCAUCGGAAGCGUUGGAAGAUAUCGGUGACGCCGAAGAAUCUUUUGGAAAUGACCAGGAGCACGACGAAGUGGAGGCUGAAUAUAGACGUCUGAGGAAAAUGAAGUCCAAGAAAAGAGUGAAAAAACUCUCUGUAGAGGACAACGUCUUUGAGCCCUUCACCAAAUCGUUUUACGUCGAACCAGAAGAGAUCAAGGCUAUGACAGAAGCAGAGGUCAGCGAGCUAAGGUUGGGUCUCGACAACGUGAUUAUAAAAGGACAAGACUGUCCACGUCCUAUAAUAAAAUGGUCUCAUUUAGGUCUGACUACAGACGUUAUGAAUCUUAUCACUGACGAGUUCAAGUUUCUGUCCCCUACUCCCAUCCAGGCCCAGGCAAUCCCUGCGAUCAUGUCAGGACGCGACGUUAUUGGCAUAUCAAAGACAGGAUCUGGAAAGACAGUUUCCUUCUUUCUACCGCUACUGAGACAAAUUAAGGCUCUGCAGCCGCUUUCAAGAGACGAAACUGGCCCGCUGGGUUUGAUUUUGGCGCCAACGCGAGAGCUGGCCAUUCAAAUUCACGAAGAGGCCUGUAAAUUUACGAAAGAAACGCCAACUAUAAGGUCGAUUUGCUGCACUGGAGGCUCCGAAUUGAAGCAACAGAUUAAUGAUCUCAAAAGAGGAGUCGAGAUUGUUGUGGCAACACCUGGAAGAUUCAUAGACCUGCUGACGCUGAAUGCUGGAAAGCUAGUUAAUACGAAACGUGUCACAUUUGUGGUGAUGGAUGAGGCUGAUAGAUUAUUCGAUCUCGGCUUUGAGCCCCAGAUUACUGAGAUUAUGAAAACUGUUCGUCCUGACAAACAAUGUGUUUUGUUUAGCGCUACUUUCCCAACAAAGCUCAAAUCUUUUGCAUCUAGAAUAUUGCACAAGCCCAUUAGCAUAACCAUAAACUCAAAGAGUUUGAUCAAUGAAAAUAUCCAGCAGCAAGUCCAAAUUUUCGACUCUGAUCAAGGCAAAUUCGAAGCCCUUAUGCAAUUGCUGGAUUCUCAAAUUAAGUAUGAUCAUGAAAUUGAGGAAGAUCGUGACGAGAAAACAAUUGUAUUCGUUUCGAGUCAGCAAAUUUGCGACUUGAUUUACAACUGCUUGCUUGAUCAAAAUUACACAACAUUUGCCAUUCAUGCUGGCAAACCAUACAACGAACGGGCUUCUAACCUCGAAAAAUUCAAAUCCACUAGAAACGGUGUCCUUCUGUGCACAGAAGUAUUAUCGCGCGGGCUAAACGUACCCGAGGUGUCGCUUGUUAUAAUCUAUAACGCGGUCAAAACGUUUGCACAAUACGUUCAUACCACUGGGAGAACUGCGAGGGGCGAUAAGCACGGCGUGGCCGCCACUCUUUUAUUGAAUGACGAACUGGCAGCUGCCUAUAUUCUCAAUAAGUCAUUUAGGGACAAGGAGCUGGAUUCUCUGUCUACCGAAAGUCGAAACCUGCUCAAAAAAAUGGCAGAAAAGUUUGAAUCUGGUAUGAAGAUCGGGAAGUACAGAUUAACUAAGGGCUUCGGGGGCAAAGGCCUCGAGCAUAUGGAAAAGCUGAACGACGAGAAACAAGACAUAGAGCUGAAGCAGUACGGCGUGGUAGAUUACAAACCGGGCAAUAAAGAAGCGGCGGAUGAAGAUAAUGAAACAUUAAAUCAAGUCUCAAUUCCAAAGCUUGAGUACGUCUUUUUACAAAACAAAAACUCAAAUGGUCAAGUAACAUACAGCGCAGAGGUUAACGUGAACGAUCUCCCGCAAAUGGUCAGAUGGGAGGCCACCAAGAACACCACGCUUUCAUUUGUGAUUCACGAGACCGCUUGUAGCAUCACCAAUAGAGGGAAAUAUUAUCCAGAGGGAACAGGUCCAAAAAGUGCACAGGACGAGCCUAAGCUCUAUCUUCUAAUUGAGGGUCAAGAGGAAAAAGACGUGAGGCUGGCUAUUGAACUGCUGGAAGAGAAAGUGAGGGAAGGUGUUAAAAAGGUCAGUGCGCAAGAAAGUAGAAGUAAUAAAUUCUAG